GCUCAGUAUGAGAACCCCCCACACAUCUACGCGCUUGCUGACAACGUGUACAGGAACAUGAUGAUUGACAGCGAGAACCAGUGUGUCAUCAUCAGCGGUGAGAGUGGAGCUGGAAAAACUGUUGCUGCCAAGUACAUCAUGAGCUAUGUGUCCAAAGUGUCCGGAGGAGGCGACAAAGUCCAGCAUGUUAAAGACAUCAUAUUGCAGUCCAAUCCCCUGCUGGAGGCCUUCGGUAACGCCAAGACAGUCCGCAACAACAACUCCAGCAGAUUUGGUAAAUACUUUGAGAUCCAGUUCGGUCGUGGAGCUCCUGAUGGAGGGAAAAUUUCAAACUUCCUGUUGGAGAAAAGUCGAGUCAUCUCACAGAAUCCUGGAGAGAGAAACUUCCACAUCUACUACCAGCUUUUGGAGGGGGCUACUAGUGAGCAGAGGGAGAACCUCGGGGUGACAACCCCUGACUAUUACUUCUACCUGAACCAAUCAGGAACGUACACGGUGGAGGAUGUCAAUGACAAGAAAGAGUUCUCUGAUACCAUGGAGGCCAUGUCAGUAGUGGGUCUCUCUAUGGACGAUCAGGAUGCAGUUCUUCAGCUGGUUGCAGGAAUUCUUCAUUUAGGAAACAUCAGCUUCAGAGAGGAGAACAACUACGCUGUGGUGGAGAGCCAGGACUUCCUGGCUUUCCCAGCCUUCCUGUUGGGGAUCCCUCAGGACGGCCUCUGCAGUAAGCUGACCAGCAGGACCAUGGACAGUAAGUGGGGCGGAAAGACCGAGUCCAUCUCUGUGACCCUGAACACUGAGCAGGCCAGCUUCUCCAGAGACGCGUUGUCCAAGGCCCUGUACACACGCCUGUUCGACUUCCUGGUUGAUUGUAUCAAUAAAGCUAUGGAGAAGGAGCAGGAGGAUCUUACCAUUGGAGUCCUCGACAUCUACGGCUUUGAGAUCUUUCAGAGAAACGGCUUUGAGCAGUUCUGCAUCAACUUUGUGAACGAGAAGCUGCAGCAGAUUUUCAUUGAGCUCACACUGAAGGCAGAACAGGAGGAGUACGUUCAGGAGGGGAUCAAGUGGUCACCCAUCGAGUACUUUAACAACAAAGUGGUCUGUGACCUGAUUGAGUCCAAACUGAAUCCUCCUGGGCUGAUGAGCAUCCUUGACGACGUGUGUGCGACGAUGCACGCUAAAGGUGAGGGGGCGGAUCAGACGCUGCUGCAGAAGCUUCAGGGUCAAAUCGGAUCGCACGAACACUUCAGCAGCUGGAACAAAGGAUUCAUCAUCCAUCACUACGCCGGCAAGGUGUCGUAUGACGUCAGUGGUUUCUGUGAGAGGAACAGAGACGUGUUGUUUAAUGACAUCAUCGAGUUGAUGCAGAGCAGUGAGUUUCCGUUCAUCAAAGCUCUGUUUCCUGAGAACCUGGAGGCGGAGAAGAAGGGGCGUCCAAGCACCGCCAGCAGUAAGAUCAAGAAACAAGCCAACAGUCUGGUGCAGACUCUGAUGAAAUGCACCCCCCACUACAUCCGCUGCAUCAAACCCAACGAGACCAAAAAGCCCAGAGACUGGGAGGAGACCCGGGUCAAACAUCAGGUGGAGUACCUAGGUCUGAGAGAGAACAUCAGAGUCCGCCGGGCUGGAUACGCCUACAGACGAGUCUUCAACAAGUUCCUGCAGAGGUACGCCAUCCUGACCAAAGAGAGCUGGCCUAAGUGGAGGGGCGAGCAGCGUCAGGGAGUCCUGCACCUCCUGAAGUCGGUCCACAUGGACCAGGACCAGUUCCAGCUCGGAAAGACCAAAGUGUUCAUCAAAGCUCCAGAGUCGGUGAGAAACAUUGGCACGGCUCAGGAAGAUGGGUUUUGGGCUGUGAACCUGGUGUCAUUGUAGACAGUAAACACCGGG